CUAUAUUAUUCCAAGUCCAAAGCUUGAGAAGGAAUGCACAUAACUGUGAUUGCAGGUUUGCGAAACCAAUGAAGAAUAACACUUUUUACCAGGCAGGGAGUGAUUUUUAUAAUCAAAUAUUGAAAGCUAGAAUUCCUGUGAUCACAAAGUAACUGUUAAGAAUUAUCAGCAAGUUUAUAUGUCUUUCAUCUUUAUUUUUGCUUUAGUCCUCUUUGAUACGCAGCCUACGGCUCUCAGAGUCCUUGAGAAAAAACCAACUCUGGAACGGGAUUAUAAGUAUAACUCUGUUGGAAGGGAAGAAUGUCUCAGGAGGAAGCAUGACAGAGAUGUUUGUCCAGUUAAAACUGGGAGAUCAGAGGUAUAAAAGUAAGGAUGGGCAUUUUGGACAUUGAAGUGUGGGGAAAGGACAGCAAAAAGCAUGAGGAACGUCUGGACACGUGUAAAGUGGAUAUAUCAGCACUCCCUCUGAAGCAAGCCAACUGCUUGGAGUUGCCGCUGGAUAGCUGUCUGGGGGUUCUCCUUAUGUUGGUCACACUGACUCCCUGUGCGGGAGUCUCCAUCUCUGACCUGUGUGUCUGCCCCUUAGCAGACCCCAGCGAAAGAAAGCAGAUUUCCCAGCGAUAUUGCUUACAGAACUCCCUGAAAGAUGUGAAGGAUGUCGGCAUUUUGCAAGUGAAGGUUUUAAAAGCAGUAGACCUCUUAGCGGCGGAUUUCUCAGGAAAGAGUGAUCCUUUUUGCCUUUUGGAGUUAGGCAAUGACCGACUUCAGACACAUACCAUUUACAAAAACCUCAACCCUGAGUGGAACAAAGUUUUUACAUUUCCCAUUAAAGAUAUCCAUGAUGUUUUGGAAGUGACAGUGUUUGAUGAAGAUGGAGAUAAACCCCCUGAUUUUCUUGGAAAAGUUGCCAUUCCCUUGCUGUCCAUUAGAGAUGGACAACCAAAUUGUUAUGUGUUGAAGAAUAAAGAUUUAGAACAAGCUUUUAAAGGAGUUAUUUACUUAGAGAUGGAUCUCAUAUAUAAUCCGAUCAAAGCAAGUAUUAGGACCUUUGCUCCCAGAGAAAAGCGCUUUGUUGAAGACAUCCGCAAGCUGUCCAAAAAGAUCUUAUCAAGAGAUGUAGACCGUGUGAAGAGAAUCACUAUGGCAAUAUGGAAUACAAUACAGUUCCUUAAAAGCUGCUUCCAGUGGGAAUCUACAUUAAGAAGUGCAAUAGCAUUCGUGGUAUUUUUGGUGACUGUCUGGAAUUUUGAACUGUACAUGAUCCCCUUGGCAUUAUUGAUGAUCUUUGUCUACAAUUUCAUCAGACCCAUGAAAGGCAAGGCCAGCAGCAUCCUGGAUAGCCAGGAGAGCACUGACAUAGAUGAUGAGGAGGAUGAAGAUGACAAGGAAUCUGAGAAAAAGGGGUUCAUUGAGAGAAUCUAUAUGGUACAGGAUAUUGUUUCAACUGUUCAAAACAUCCUGGAGGAAUUAGCUUCUUUUGGAGAAAGAAUUAAAAACACGUUUAACUGGACGGUCCCAUUCCUUUCAUCACUGGCCUGUUUGAUUCUGGCAGCAGCCACUAUCACUUUGUAUUUCAUUCCACUGCGGUACAUCAUUUUAAUCUGGGGCAUAAAUAAAUUUACUAAGAAGCUUCGAAAUCCCUAUUCCAUCGACAAUAAUGAGAUACUAGACUUCCUCUCCAGGGUACCAUCUGAUGUUCAAAAGGUGCAGUACGCAGAAUUGAAACUCUGCAGCAGCCACAGCCCCCUGCGGAAGAAGCGUAGCGCUCUCUAGGGCAUACACCGACUUUGGACACCAGCACCCGAUAUUGUGUUGGGUUGAUUAGAACAAUGUUAUGGCUGUUUCAGUGGUACCCGUGGUGUCCUUCUGAAAUGCAUGCUGUGUGACGCCCUCUCUGUACUCUCCCCUCUUCUUCAACUGUACACACAUGCAUGUGUGUGCACAUUUCUAUGCAUGGGUGUCCUAGUUGCACAGAGGGUUAGUCCAGCCCAAGGAAACGAAUCUGAGACUGUGAAAGACUAAUAUCUAUACUGAAAUAGGACAUAAAGCAAGGCUGCCAUGGGUCUGAACACCCUUCUUGAGAACAACCAAGAGGCCACUGGGAUUUGAGUGACUUUGAACUUGUUUUCACACCUCCAACAGAUUCUCAUUAUGAUUCAGAUAUUUCCACUCUUUACUGCGACACUCCUUUCAGAUUUUCGUUCAUGUAAGUUUCUUCUCUGAGUUAACAAGUCUUUGACAACCAUCAUCUGUCCAAAUAAUGUAUGUUAUAAAAAUAUUUUUAAAUAAUUGCUAGAGUUAGCCCAAAUCUUUGGGAAUCCUUCAGCCAUGAUUAUUAAGGAUAUGUAUGUAAAUUUGGGGUAAAUCCCUUGGUGCUGGAUGUUAGCCUGCCUUGUGGUCCAUUGCUGGCAGUGGAUGUCCAGGGAAGGUCCCUAGGGAUCAUACAUUUGAAGAAUGAAUGUAGUUGGUUACAUUUGAAAGUAGUUGGUUGCCUUAAAACACCAUUUCUUCUGCCUAUACUUUUUCCAAAAUAAAAUGUCAACAUAUAGCUUCAGAAAGGCAGGUGGGAGGGGGAUCACUGAAUAGUUUCUGUAAGUAUUUAGAAAGCGAAAGGGCUGCUGACCAAGGGACUCAUAAAUGAGGCUGCCUACCUAGUGAUCGUAAUCAUUUCAUUUACCCGAAUGUUUUGAGCAGAAAGUAAAAAUACUUUGGCUGUCCAAAUUCAUCUUUUGUUUCUUUUUGGACCAAAAUAAGCUGCAUACAAUAAAAAUGUUUGAGAACUCCAUUCUUAGAAAAGUACCACCCCAGAGUCCUCCUGGGAUAGCAUCUGUCUCCUGCAGACCCCACCAUUCCACAGUACUCCCCUGCCAAGUAAAAUUCCUGAUUUUAUGCAUAUAUUAAAUGUAUGCAAAUAUCUCUCUGUUCAAAUGAUAUUUAAGUUUUGCAGACUGUAUUUUGUUGACACAUACUUUGUGCAGUUUUAUAUAUAUGUGUGUAUAUUAUAAAGAAAAGUUAAGGUAAAAAGACUUGAUUUAAUAGUGAGUUUACUAAUUUUUUUUGUCUUUGGGUUGUAAUUUAAUAAUCUUCAAACAAAAUGUUUAUGAAAAAUGCCAAAGAUUCUAAACCUUAUCA